AUGUCCAUGACCUUCCUGGUCAAAGACGUCUUCCUGCUCACGGUCAUCUUGAACAGAGAGGGAGCAGAAGCGCAAAUCCGAUCGAGGAGUUGCUGGUGGGCAUGGCGUUUCCGCACCAAGGCGGCGAAUGUCUAUGGGUUGCGUGCAGAUGUCGCUCGCCAGGUUUUUGACUGGAUAGAGGCGAACGACAACGUUGCUUUUCUUCUCGUCUCAUCAUCGCACGAUGAGGCCCAAGAAGCGUUUGAUUUUGUCCCACUUCCCGAAGAGUAG